UAUAUAUGUAUAUAUAGACACACAAACACACACGUAACCAAACGAAACCGAAAAUCAACAACAAUUCCUGUUUCUUAUUUAAAGUCCCGAUCUCUCUUCUCAUUCAGUGAAGUUACAUUUCGUCGCAUUCCCAAUCGCCAUGGAUCCAGGGUGAUUGCUGAAUAAAGCGAAGUGAAUCUUAACCUACCGAAACAGGAGUGAUGUAUGAACUGUAUACGACAAUAUUUUUCUGUUUUUGCACUGAUAACGAAAGUACUGAUUUCUAUUUGAGUGAACCUUCAACGUGUGUCGAUCGGACAAUAUCGAAAAUAACUGGACCAAUUGAGAAACGCGGCAAAAAACAUGAGUUCCGGACAGUUACGCGAAACCCAAAAUUACAUCUGGAAUGUGAACAAUAUCUUAGGUCGUGGAGCCACAAGUAUCGUUUACAUGGGACGAAAAAAAUGCAAUGGGGAAGAAGUAGCAGUGAAAGUAUUUUCUCAGCCAUCGGACUCCCGAACGAUGCUGAUUCAACGACGGGAAUUCGCUGUUCUCAAAAUGUUGUGUCACAAUAAUGUCGUUCAGUUGUAUGCCAUGGAACCCGAUUUAUAUUCCAAUAUUCCAGUCCUCGUUAUGCAGUUUUGUUCAGAAGGCACCUUGUUUCGAAUGUUACAAAAGCCAGAAUUUGCGUAUGGAAUGCACGAAGAAGAAUUUCUCAUCUUUUUACAUGAUAUCACUGCUGGUAUGAAGCAUUUACGGGAACACCAAAUUGUGCACAGAGACAUCAAGCCAGGAAAUAUUCUCUGCUACAAAGAUGAAAGUGGGCGGUAAGUUGGAUUAAAUU